CCAUUUUUUCCUCGCCACCAGCCGCCACCGCGCGCCGAGCGGCCGCCGGAGCCGGAGCUGACGCCGCCUUGGCACCCCUCCUGGAGUUACAAACUCGGGCCCGGCCGGCGGCGCUCGGCGCGCAGGCCGCCCGACUCCCCGCGUCCAUUUCCGAGUGCUUGCAGAGAAGACAUAGGCAACGCGUUGGGCUUUUUUUUUUUUUUUUUUCCUCCCCACCCUUUCCCAGAGUUUCUUUCUCUUUCCUAAACAUAAUAAUCUCAAUAAUUAAAGCCCAUCCCCCCUCCCCUCCCCCAACCCCUCUCCCCAUAUCCCCUCCCCCGCCCCGACUGAGAGCGCUAAGAAUUGACCAAGUGAAGCUACAACUUUGCGGCAUAAAUUGCGGGGUCCCGGCCAUGUCGCUGACCAACACAAAGACGGGGUUUUCGGUCAAGGACAUCUUGGACCUGCCAGACACCAACGAUGAGGAGGGCUCGGUGGCCGAAGGGCCCGAGGAGGAAAGUGAGGGGCGGGAGCCCGCCAAGAGGGCCGGGUCGCUGGGGCCGGGCGCCCUGGACACCGUGCAGAGCCUGCCCCUGAAAAACCCCUUCUACGACAGCAGCGACAACCCGUACACGCGCUGGCUGGCCAGCACCGAAGGUCUCCAGUACUCCCUGCAUGGGCUGGCGGCCGGCGCGGCACCCCAGGACUCGAGUUCCAAGUCCCCGGAGCCCUCGGCCGACGAGUCACCGGACAACGACAAGGAGACCCCAGGCGGCGGAGGGGACGCCGGCAAGAAGCGGAAGCGGCGGGUGCUCUUCUCCAAGGCGCAGACCUAUGAGCUGGAGCGGCGCUUCCGGCAGCAGAGGUACCUGUCGGCCCCCGAGCGGGAGCACCUGGCCAGCCUCAUCCGCCUCACGCCCACGCAAGUCAAGAUCUGGUUCCAGAACCACCGCUAUAAGAUGAAGCGCGCCCGGGCAGAGAAAGGUAUGGAGGUGACGCCCCUGCCCUCGCCGCGCCGGGUGGCCGUGCCCGUUUUGGUCAGGGACGGCAAACCGUGCCACGCGCUCAAAGCCCAGGACCUGGCAGCUGCCACCUUCCAGGCGGGCAUCCCCUUUUCGGCCUACAGCGCGCAGUCUCUGCAGCACGUGCAAUACAACGCCCAGUACAGCUCGGCCAGCAACCCCCAGUACCCGACAGCACACCCCCUGGUCCAGGCCCAGCAGUGGACUUGGUGAGAGCCGCCCCCUCCGAGACUCGCGGCUUCAGGCCCAGGCCCCACCCCGGCGGCGGAGGCGAGGAGGACUCGGCCUUUACGAUGGUUCUUAUAGUAUUAUAAUUAUGAUGGCGUCGAGUUGACUCUCGGCUCCAUUGGGGAGGUUGCCUGCACCUCCGUGGAGAGGCAGAUCCCACCCAACCAGCUCUGCCUCAUCCCUCUCUCUGUUUGAACCUUUGGAGAGGGCUGAACCCUAAGCCGUGUUUACAGAAUGUUUGCGCAGCUUCGCUUCUCUGCCUCUCCCCGGGGACCAAGUGGUCCCAGCGUUAAUGUCCUCACUUGAGAAGGAGAAAAAGACAUCCCCACCCCCGCUUUUGUGAAUUUUGUAAAAUAUGUUUGUGUGAGUAGCGAUAUUGUCAGCCGUCUUCUUCUAAAGCAAGUGGAGAACACUUUAAAAAUAUAGAGAAUUUUUUUCUUUUUUUAUAUAAGAAAAUGCUAAAUAUUUAUGGCCAUGUAAACGUUCUGACAGCUGGUGGCAGGUUUCGCUUUUCGUUGUAAAUAUCAGUGGUGAUUGUUGCCAAAAUGACCUUCAGGACAGGCCUGUACCCCAUGGGGGCCCAACUCCUUUCUUUGUGGUUUGUUUUGGUUUGCUUAUAUUUGGUUAUCCUUGCUUUCUUCUUUUCUUUUCUUUUUUUUAAAUUUUGUUCAGUGCAAACAUUUCUCAGAUCUGAAAAAAGGAAAACAAAAAUGUGUAGGUGAGCGAGCAGCCCCCCUGCCCCAUCCUGGGGUCCUGAGCCCCGGAACUUGGAGCUCAGCGGUUCCCUGCGAUUCCCCAAGAGCGCCGGGCGCUGAAAGCUUUCAAUUUUUUAAGUAAGAAUUUUAAUAAAAAUCCUGUGUUUAAAAAA